GGACGGGACGCUUCUUCAACAACAUCUCGUCAGCCACCUCGGUAGCUUCCUAGCGGAAACGUUCAAGCUUCGGUCUAUAUUUACUUCUGUAUUUGGAACAUAAUUCUGUCUUUUAACUAGUUUCCCCAUUUCAUGUCAUAUUUCCGUUUAGUCAGGUAACGGUAGCUGGCUUGAUAAAUGAGCCUAUCACUAGGCUAGUCGCUAACUAGCUAGGUUAGCUGGCUAACAUCCCCGACCAUGAGCUCAGCAAGCUGCUGCCCUCCUGCUAAAAAAGAGGUCUGCUGGAAGGAGAAAGAAGGUAUUUGGCUGAACGUUGUCGUGAAAGAGGAGAAUGAAGAGGAGGAUGUCACAGUAAACGAAGAAGUCGAGGGUGAGGCUGUUACACAGAAAGAAGAGGAAGAAAACCAUUAUACUUUAUUUGGAGUGAAUGAAGGAGAGAUAACUGUCAUAUUGAAGGAGGAGGAGAGGGAAGAAGAGGAGGAGGAGACAGAAGAUCUGAGUAACACCAGAGAGAGACCAGACUCUCCUUCUGACAGCAGGAAGAGUCCUUCAGGGAAACCAGACCCCGAGACGUCCAAACCAGCAGGACGACAUCACUGCUCCCAGUGUGGAAAGAGUUUUACCCAGUUAGGGAGCCUGAGAACACAUAAGAGAAUACACACUGGAGAGAAGCCUUACCACUGUUCCCAAUGUGGAAUGUCGUUUACCCAGUUAGGGAGCCUGCAAACGCAUGAGAGGGGACACACAGGGGAAAAGCUUUUCCAAUGUUCCCAUUGUGGAAAGAGUUUUGGCCAGGUAGGAAACCUGAACAAGCAUGAGAGGACACACACAGGUAAGAAGAUGUACCGCUGCUCCCAUUGUGGAGAGAGAUUUACCCGGUUAAGGUACCUGAAAGAGCAUGAAGGAAUACAUACAAAUACACAGGAGGAGAAGACAUACCACUGCUCUCAUUGUGGAAAGACCUUUUCCCAGUCAGAGAACCUGAAAACACACGAGAGAAUCGAGAGGCUGUGUUCUGACUUGUGUUUUUGACUGAGAAUGUGUGUGUUUGUUUGGGCUGUCAGACUUGAGUUCACUUUGUGUAAUGUUAGUGCACUAUUUUUAAUUGUGAUUAAUCCAUUGUCUGAAAGGGUUAAAAACACACUGAAAACAUCCAGAAUACAUCCUAUAUACAGCUACAAUCUACAAUGCCAUGUAAACACAAGAUGACAUUGAGGUUAAAUAAAGUGUGAUUUAUCAAUGGAACAUA